AUGAAGGGCUACUCCGAUGUUGCCACUUUGAUGGCCAAAGACCCAGGCCUCUCAAUAUACCGUCGCUUUGCACAUUUAAACGCCGAGAAUUUGUUGUACCUUCAAGCUGAACUGGUGUAUCUUGAGAAAGACCUGAACGAAAUCAUCAAAAGAGACGAAGAAAGUGGCGCCCCCCAGAGGGAGAAUUUCCCCAUCUCCUUAUGGCACUUAAAAAACUCAUCAGACAGCGAGGAUGAUGGAUUGCAGUGGCAGAAAGUAUUGGAGAUCCGUGAGCUUCUGGAUAAAUACAAUAAAGCGCUCAUCCAACAAGGGCAAUUACUGAAGUUUCAGGCCCCACAGAAGAAUGACUUCAAGCUUCUAGAGGACUGGAUGAAGCAGGAAGAAAUCUAUUUCAAAUUUGCAUCCGAAAUGACGCAGUGGAGCUCCCAUGAAGAGGAUCUCAUCGCUCUCCGAACAAGACAUAGCGGAGAAGAUCACUUCACGAGAUGGGUCUCUAGAGGUUGCAAUUUGCGCAUAUAG